AUGUCUGACAAGCUCACUCGUAUUGCCAUUGUCAACUCGGACAAGCAUGUUCGCCAUAACAGUGCAAACCCAAGACCAUCUAACCGUGACAAGAAAUGUCGCCAGGAGUGCAAAAAGUCCUGCCCUGUCGUGCGCACCGGCAAACUGUGCAUCGAAGUCGAGCCCUCUUCUAAAAUCGCCUUCAUCUCGGAGCGCCUGUGUAUUGGUUGCGGUAUCUGCCCCAAGAAAUGCCCCUUCGAUGCCAUCAACAUUAUCAACUUGCCCACGAACCUCGAGACCCAAGUCACACAUCGAUACUCGGCCAACAGUUUCAAGUUGCAUAGACUGCCUAUGCCCCGUCCGGGACAGGUACUGGGUCUGGUCGGAACAAACGGUAUUGGAAAGAGUACCGCAUUGAAGAUUCUCAGUGGCAAGUUAAAGCCCAACUUGGGGCGCUUUGACAACCCGCCAGAUUGGGAGGAGAUCCUCAAGUACUUCCGUGGAUCUGAGCUUCAGAACUAUUUCACCAAGGUCCUCGAAGACAACCUGAAGGCUGUCGUGAAGCCUCAGUAUGUCGACCAGAUCCCCAAGGCCAUCAAGGCAACCGAUCGCGCCGUAGGAAAGCUCAUCGAAGCCCGCUCACAAAUGGACAACCUCGACGCCAUGAUCGAUGAGCUCGAGUUGCGCCACAUUUUCGAUCGUGAUGUCGGUCUCCUUUCUGGUGGAGAACUGCAGCGUUUUGCCAUCGCCCUCGUCUGUGUCCAGCAAGCCGAUGUCUACAUGUUCGACGAGCCGUCAUCCUUCCUUGAUGUCAAGCAGCGUCUCGCUGCCGCCCGUAAGAUUCGCAGUCUGCUCCGACCUGACGACUACGUCAUCGUCGUCGAGCACGAUCUGUCUGUGUUGGACUAUUUGUCGGAUUUCAUCUGUGUCCUCUACGGGAAAGCAGCUGUCUAUGGUGUCGUGACAUUGCCAGCCUCUGUCCGUGAGGGUAUCAACAUCUUCCUGGACGGAAACAUCCCUACCGAGAACUUGCGUUUCCGUGAGGAGUCUCUCCAGUUCCGUAUUGCUGAAGCGGGCGAGGAGUAUAUGGUUGAUCAUAACCGAGGCUACACCUACCCAAGCAUGCAGAAGACUCUUGGAGGUUUCCAACUCAAUGUCGAGUCCGGCUCAUUCACUGACUCCGAGAUCAUCGUCAUGAUGGGUGAGAACGGUACUGGAAAGACGACCUUCUGUAAGAUGCUGGCGGGCGCCCUGCAGCCGGAUGGCGACACCAAGGUUCCCAAGAUGAGCAUUAGCAUGAAGCCUCAGACGAUCACACCCAAGUUCCAGGGUACGGUCCGACAGCUCUUCUUCAAGAAGAUCAAGGCUGCUUUCCUGAGCCCGCAGUUCCAGACCGACGUUUACAAGCCCUUGAAGAUGGAUGACUUUGUUGACCAGGAGGUUCAGAACCUGUCUGGUGGUGAAUUGCAGCGUGUCGCCAUUGUCCUCGCUCUUGGUCUUCCAGCCGAUAUCUACCUCAUCGACGAGCCUAGUGCUUAUCUUGACGUCGAGCAACGUAUCGUCGCCUCCCGUGUCAUCAAACGCUUUAUCAUGCAUUCCAAGAAGACUGCAUUCGUUGUGGAGCACGAUUUUAUCAUGGCCACCUAUCUGGCUGACCGUGUCAUUGUCUUUGACGGUCAGCCUGCUGUCAAAUCCCGCGCCAACAAGCCUGAGUCACUUCUCACUGGUUGCAAUACCUUCUUGAAGAAUUUGGACGUCACCUUCCGCCGUGAUCCCAAUUCGUUCCGCCCCCGCAUCAACAAGGAUAAGUCUCAGCUUGACCAAGAACAAAAGCUGAGCGGGAACUACUUCUUCUUGGAGGAUGAAAGUUGA